CGGCUGUAAGACGGGCAGAUGCCCUCCGGGAGCUGCUGCGGGCUUGCGGAGUGGAGUGGUGUUACCGGGACCGUAGACAGCCCGGCGAGAGAUGUCAGCGGGGCUCUGCUGGGUCCGCCACUUUCGUGUCCUGGGUCUCCGCUAUACAGUACGCUGGUCAGAGCCGUGUGUGACUCUAUUCCAAAGCGUUCGAGUUCAUUACAGUCAAGUGCAGUUGGGGUCAUUGGUCGGUGCGGCUGGCCCCCAGGAUUCACAGAUGAAUCGACACAGGUCCUGGACGGCGCCUCCCUGAGCUUCAGCACCAGGCUGAAGUGGUUUGCCAUCUGCUUCGUGAGCGGCAUCUUCUUCUCCAUCCUGGGGACCGGGCUGCUGUGGCUUCCGGGCGGCAUAAAGCUCUUCGCCGUGUUCUACACCUUCGGGAACAUCGCCGCGCUGGCCAGCCCUCCCGUCUGCCCCCACAGCACGUGCUUUCUGAUGGGGCCCGUGAAGCAGCUGAAGAAGAUGUUCGAGAGCACGCGGUGGCUGGCCACGGUCGUCAUGAUGCUGUGUUUCGUGUUCACCCUGUGUGCUGCUCUCUGGUGGCACAAGAAGGGGCUGGCCGUGCUGUUCUGCGUCCUGCAGUUCCUGUCCAUGACCUGGUACAGCCUGUCCUACAUCCCGUACGCCAGGGACGCCGUCCUGAAGUGCUGCUCGUCGCUGCUGGGUUGAACACCGGAAACUCGUCGGAAGGAGCGUGAGACAGCGGCUGCUCGGUGUCUGGUGAAGCGUGUUUUUUUUUUCCGAGACGGCGCUGGCGCCCCGGCCCUCCGCGGUGACGGUGACGGCGACGGCGGGGCCCCGCUCUGCGCUGGCGAAGCUCCGUGCGUGCGUGAUUAAACUGCUGAAUGCUUGUAA